AUGUCCGUUGAUAAAUUAUCGGACAAGCAGACGCAUGUUGGUCACAAAGCGCAUGCGAACAUCAAGAGUUUUAAAAUCGAAGAACAAGAAGGUGGUAAUAAUAUUAUCACACUUGAUGGUCAGGUCAAUGACCGCAAGCCUGAAAAUAAGCAGCAUCGAUGGUCAUCGACAAAGCAAAAGAAGGUGACAGAUCAUAAAAAGAAAAGACGAGUUGUGGUGAAAGAUGACGAAGUUCGGAACGAUCAAACAGCAGUUACAUUCGAUGACGGAGAGACACCUGGUCAACCACAAGUAACCAGCAAAAACGUCGAGAUCAAGAACGAUAUUGGAGCGAGUGGCUCUGAAAUAGAAAACUUCAGUUCAGAAGAUGAAGACGAAGAUUUAGUGGAUAAUUGCUGGGACAAUGAAACAGAUGAUCAAGGUCAUUAUAGUGAAGAUAAUUUGUCAAAUGAAGACGAUGAUGAAUAUGUUUUAUCGAGAGAUUUAUCUCAAACAUAA